UUUCGGAGCCAUGUUCCCGUACGGAUGACAUUACGCAUUCCGUUAAAAUCGAUGUUAAAAAGAAAAAUCGGAAACAAAACGUAACCCAACCGUUAUUUCACUGCCGCCCCAUAUGGAACUGUCCACCGAAGACGUUGACCAAUCAAAACAAAGCGGCAAGAUUUCAAACAGCAAAGGGAGACGUUUCCGGUGCGCUUCCCUCAGUUUUUUAGGCCUGUAUAGUUUAUUGUCAGCGAGGAAAGAUGUAUUUGUUCGCCUUGUAACUUUUCUUUGGCGAGUGACAAUCAAAAAGAAAAAUGACAGAAGAGUCGGCUGUUAAAGUUUGUGUCCGAGUCCGCCCACUGAUUGCGAGGGAAGAAAGUGCUGCAUCGGAGAAUCCAGAGCCUGUCCAGCUGUUUUGGAAAGCUGAUAAGAAAUCAAUUCAUCAGAUCGAUGAUGGGAAUUCCACCAAGAGCUUUAGUUUUGACCGAGUGUUCACUGCCGAGGAAACAACCAAUCAGCUGUACCAGGAUAUUGCAAAGCCUCUGGUUGUUUCCACGGUUGAGGGAUACAAUGGAACCAUAUUUGCUUAUGGGCAGACUUCUUCUGGAAAGACCUUCACCAUGAUGGGGAGUGACCAUAUUCCCGGAGUGAUACCUGUGGCUGUGGAAGAUGUCUUUCAAACCAUUAAAAAUUGUCCAAAGAAGGAGUUCCUUCUCAGGGUGUCUUACAUGGAAAUCUACAACGAGACUGUGACUGAUCUGCUUGUUGACAGCUGGAAGCGAAAACCACUGGAAGUCCGAGAGACAAUCAGUAAAAACAUCUAUGUGGCUGAUCUGACUGAGGAGCUGGUUACAUCUCCUACACAAGCCCUAGCCUGGAUUCGAAAAGGAGAAAAGAACCGCCACUAUGGAAAAACAAAAAUGAACCAGCGGAGCAGCCGCUCACAUGCCAUUUUCCGAAUGAUCCUGGAGAGCCGAGAAAGGAGCGACCCAGCAUCAGGUGAAAAUGCGGACGGAGCCAUCAUUGUGUCUCAUUUGAAUUUGGUUGAUCUAGCUGGAUCUGAGAGAGCAAGUCAAACAGGAGCUGAAGGCACGCGUUUCAAAGAAGGUUGCAAUAUCAAUCGCAGCCUGUUCACACUCGGCCAAGUGAUCAAGAAACUGACUGAUGAAAGCCAGAAGGGUUUCACCAACUACAGAGACAGUAAGCUAACCCGCAUCCUGCAGAACUCAUUGGGUGGGAACGCUAAAACAGUCAUCAUCUGUACCAUCACUCCUGUCACUCUAGAUGAGACCCUCAGCACUCUGCAGUUUGCCAGCACUGCAAAGAAAAUGAAGAACGACCCCCAUGUGACAGAGGUGUCUGAUGACGGGGCUCUGCUCAAAAGGUAUCGCAAUGAAAUUGUAGACCUCAAGCGACGACUUCAUGAGGUUUCGUCAGUCACGCAGACCACAGCUACAGAGAAGGAAGUUCUCGCUCAGCUGCUCCAAGAAAAGGAUCAGCUCCAGAGAGAACAAGAGGACAGGAUCAAAAACUUGACCAAACUUCUCGUUACCAGCUCAAACUUGAUUCCUGCUAAAAAGAUGCCUAAGCGCAGAGUUACGUGGGGAGGGAAGAUGCUCAGACUUGCCCGUCCAUCUGCAUGCGAUGGUGGUUCAUCCGACCUCAGCUUUGCAGAUCCUUUCACUCGGAAGAGGAAAGCAGACCGCUCCUGCCUGAUGGAGUUGGGGGAAGAUGAUGAAGACUUCGACUCUCACUGGGAGAUUUCUGAUGAGCCGCCGGAUGAAAUGGAAAUGAGUCAGAGCUGUGUGACUGUUCGAAGCUUUGGAGACAGUCCCAAAGACUUUGUCUCUCCAGACCGGAUGCGUGAGCUUUCAGGGAAAGUGUCUAACCUGGAGCUGCAGCUGGAAUUGGAGAGUCAACAGAAAGAGGAGGCCAUGACAAAAGUAGAAACCUUAGAUGACAGAGUGGCAGAGCUGCAGCUGCAGCUGCAAACAGAGGCCCAGCAGAAACAGGGAGCCUUGGAGAAAAUACAGACAAUAGAACAGAGGGCAGCAGAGCUGGAGCAGCAGCAACGAGCAGAAGCUCAGCAGAAGCUGCAGGCCAUGGAUAAGGCGGAGAUGUUGGAGUUGAAAGUGGCAGACCUGGAGAGACAGCUGGAAGAGCAGCGCUGUGGUCAGACUGAACCUGAUGAACAGAUGAGGCGAGAGUUUGCAGAAACCAUCCAGCUGUGUGAAACUCUGGCUUCAGAGAAGGACAUGGUGGUUGCUGAGCGAGACUAUCUGAAGCAGGAGCUUGGGAUGUUCAUAGAGCAGACUGAAAGUCUGGAGAAAGAGAAAGCUGCUCUGUCACAGGAGCUGGAGGAGAAGAGAGAGAUGAAUGAGUUCAAAUCUCUGGAGGAGGAGUGCCGGAAGGAGCAUGAGAACGAGUUGCAAAAUGAAAUAUCCAGCUUGAAGAAGGCCAUUGAAUCCUCUGAACUCCAAUGCCAGGAGCUUCAGAACAAACUAGAAACUCUGUCUGAGGAGCUAAAGAAGAAAACUGAAUUUGCAGAGGAACUUCAAAGUAUGAGUGGUAAGGACCUUGUGCAGGAGGUUGCCAAGCUUCGUCGCUCCCUGGACGACGCAGAGGGAGUCAGCAGAGACACAAAGAAGGAAUGGGCUGUGCUGCGCAGUGAAAACCUCGCUCUGACGGAGAUGAAUGUGAUCCUGACUGCCAACCACGAGAAGAUGGAGGCUGAGGUGAACAGCCUGCGUUUUCAACUUGAGACAGAGAAGUCACACUACAGAAAGAUGCAGAGCGAUCUCCAAAAAGAGCUGAAUGUUGUGUUUGAUGAGAACACCAAGCUCACCAUUCUGCUAGACGGCAAAGUCCCAAAAAAUCUGCUAGACAGUGUGGAACUUGAGAGAACAGUGGCCAGUCUGAAUAAGGAGCUGACAGCAUCUCGCAAAGCAGAGGGCAUUCUCAGAGCUCAGCUGGAGGAGCUGGCUUCAUUUCAGACUCUUCCAGAGAAGGUGGACAACUUGAUGAAGCAGCUGGACCAGCUGAAUGAAGAGUUUCAGCGUGUGCGAGUAGAGAAAGAAGCUCUGCUGUCUGAAAAGAAUGCUGGUGCAGAGCAGAUGGAGAAGCUGCUCUCUACAGUUACGUCCCUGACCGCAGAGAGAGAUCAGCUCCGGAUGAAUUUGCAGCAAAAUGUGGAUUUAGUAGAGAGUUUGUCACAGGAGCUUCAGUGUGUGCGAUGUGAGAAAGAGACUCUCCCGAUACCUGAUGCUCAAGGCUCUGCCGAGGAGAUUACAAAGCUGCUCUCUACUGUGGCUUCUGUCACUGCUGAGAGAGAUCAGCUCAAGAUGGAUCUGCAGGAAAAUGUGGAGAUGAUGAUUGAAAAUCAGGAGGAGUUGAGGAAAACUCUGGAGAAGAACCGUAGUCAGAAAUUGCGAAUUAGACAGUUGGAGGCUGAACAAACACCCAAACCACAUGGUAGCCUCAUUGAGAUGAAUGAACAGCUGAAGACUCUACAAACACAUAUUCAGAGUUUGACUGAGGAGAGAGAGAGUCUGCUGUUUGAGAAGACUGUCAACACUCAGACCUCCACAGAGGAGAAGGAGAAACUGCUGUGCAGAGUCUCAUCUCUCAGUGAGGAGAGAGAUCAGCUGCAGGAGACACUGCAAGUAGUGAGGCAGGAGAAAAAUCAGCUCAAAGCAGAGCUGGAGCACAAGACGGAGAUGAUUCAGAGUUUGACUGUGGAGAGAGAGAGUCUGCUGUUUGAGAAGACUGUCAAAACUCAGACCUCCACAGAGGAGAUGGAGAGGCUGAGUCAGGAGAAGCAGCAGGGUAGGGUAGACCUGGAGGAUAGGAUGGAUACACUCCAGAGUGAGAUUGUGCAACUACAGACUACUCUACAUAUCACCAGUGAACAGAAAAAUAAAUUGGAAAGUGAUCUGCAGCAUAAGAAAGAGAUGGUUGCAGAAACUCAAAGCCUUUUACAAACACUUCACGAGCAGCUGCAGGAGCAGAAUCAAAGAAAUAUUGACCUGGAAAGACUGGACCAAGAGAGGCAGGCUCAGCAAGAAAAAGAGUUUGCAGAGGGUCAGUGUCUUCUACAUUCUCUUCAGGAGAAGUUGCAAGAGCAGGAGCAGAAGAUGUUAGAUUUGGGGAAAUUGUGUGAGCAGAAAGAAUCUGAUAUACAGCAGCAGAGAGAGGCUUUCUUCGAGGAGUUAAAGGGUGCACGAGCAGAGAGAGAUGCCCUGUUGUUUGAGAAGGAGAGCAGCUGUCAGGCCUCCACAGAGGAGAUGGAGAAACUGCUGUGCAGAGUCUCAUCUCUCAGUGAGGAGAGAGAUCAGCUGCAGGAGACACUGCAAGUAGUGAGGCAGGAGAAAAAUCAGCUCAAAGCAGAGCUGGAGGACAAGACGGAGAUGAUGCAGUAUGAGUUACAACAGCAGCUCAGCUCUGAGGCACAGUCACUGAAAGAAGAGCAGGAGGAUCAACGACUUCUACAGAUUCAACAGCUGGAGAAUCAUCUGGAGAAUACCAAGGAGGAAUUGAGCCAGUUGAAAUCUGACCUUAAAGAGAAUAUAGACCUGAUGAUUGAGAAUCAGGAGGAGCUGAGGGUGUCUCAUGAGAAAAUUAGAGUUCUCCAGGAUGAGAUUAACGUGCUGAGGAAUCAGAAGGCAGAGCUGGAGAGCAGACCAAACAGUGGGGAUGAUGCAGAGAGUAUCAUCCACCUACAAGAGCUUCGAAAUCAGAUUCAGAGUUUGACCGAGGAGCUUGACAGUGUGCGAGCAGAGAGAGACAGUCUGCUGUCUGAGAGUACAGCCGACACUCAGACCUCCACAGAGGAGAUGGAGAAACUGCUGUGCAGAGUCUCCUUUCUCAGUGAGGAGAGAGAUCAGCUGCAGGAGACACUGCAGGGACUGAGACAGGAGAAAAACCACCUCAAAGCAGAGCUGGAGGAUAAGAUAGAGAUACUGCAGACUGAGGUUUCCACAACACAAGAGCUUCUAAAGUCAGUCCAAGAGGAGCUGCGUGAACAGAAGCAGAUGAACUCUGAUCUGCAGAAACUGAGUCAGGAGAAGGAGAGUUCUUUAAUUCAACAGAUAAGGACUCUAACAGCAAAACUGGAGAAUACUAAAGCCGAGAGAGACAGUCUAUGCUCUGAGAAGGAAGCCAGCUGUCAGACCUCCACAGAGGAGAUGGAGAAACUGCUGUGCAGUGUCUCGUCUCUCAGUGAGGAGAGAGAUCAGCUGCAGGAGACACUGCAGGGACUGAGACAGGAGAAAAACCACCUCAAAGCAGAGCUGGAGGAUAAGAUAGAGAUACUGCAGACUGAGGUUUCCACAACACAAGAGCUUCUAAAGUCAGUCCAAGAGGAGCUGCGUGAACAGAAGCAGAUGAACUCUGAUCUGCAGAAACUGAGUCAGGAGAAGGAGAGUUCUUUAAUUCAACAGAUAAGGACUCUAACAGCAAAACUGGAGAAUACUAAAGCCGAGAGAGACAGUCUAUGCUCUGAGAAGGAAGCCAGCUGUCAAACCUCUACAGAGCAGAUGGAAAGGCUGCUGUGCAGUGUGACGUCUCUCAGUGAGGAGAGAAAUCAGCUGCAGGAGACACUGCAGGCACUGAGACAGGAGAAAAACCAGCUCAGAACAGAGCUGGAGAACAGGAUGGAGACGUUCUCAGUCAUCCAGGAGAAACUGAGCGAGCAGGAGCAGUUGAAUGUGCAGCAGCAGUCGGAGAGAGGAAAGCAAGAGGCCAAGCUGCAACAAGAAGUGCAGCAGCUCGAGGAGCAGCUCCAAAUGUACAGGGAGAGACAAACUGGUGCUAAAGCUGAAGCAGACGCCUUACAGCAGCUGCUCAGUGAAGCCAACACAACCAUCUCUGCUCUCAGAGAGCAGCUGAGUAGUUUGGAUCAGCACGCCACUGGAGUCAAAGAGACAGUGUCAUCAAGGCUGCUUGACUCCACUGUGCAACUUCAGGAGUCCUUCAGAGGAUUGCAGCAAUUUGUAGACAAUUGUUCCACAUAUAGCUCCACACCCAUGGACAAGGCCCUGAGAGUACAGAGUUCCCUGAAGGAUCAUUAUCUGAUCUCUCUUCCAAAACCCACCAUGGAUGCCUACACCACUCUCUGUCAGCUGGGACUACAGACUGCUCAGAGUCUGGGAAACAUUAUAGCGCGGCUACGCGGGAAAGCCCAGGCCUACAGGAAUCUGUUUGAGGAGUUGGUGAAGAAAGAUUUGGCUGUUUAUGAGGAGAGGCGGCUGCAGGAUGUGCUGCUGUGUAGAGUGCAGGCACCCAGCUACUCUGUCAAAGAGGAGGAAUUGCACACCUUGUGGGAACACAGGCUGACUGAGCUGCUGGACAAGAGGCAGCUCUACCAGCAGAAAAUGGCCAGCAUUUUAGAGAAGCUCUGGGCCAACAUGGAUUCUUACCCAAAUCAGCUGUCAGCUGAGAUCAGAGAGAGGGAGAUGUUCAACGAGCAGCUGCAGGCUGUGUUCACCACCCAGCCAAUCAACUUCAGCCGACUCGACAGCAUCCUCAGCUGUGAGCUGGACCGCAGAUCUGCUGUGGCACACGCCAAGAAGAUGGCUCUGCAGGGCAUCACUGAUGAACAGAGUGGUCUGUUUGAGGAGCUGAAGCUGCUGGAGGCUCAGGCUGAUUCUCAGCUCAGAGAGGAGAAAAGCAAAAGAUCCACUCUGCUGCAGGCGCUGGAGGGAGCUCCUCUGAAAACAGAGCUCUCCCUGCUGAAGGACAACCAGCAACUUGUUCUUCAGCUCCAGCAAACUGAAGAAAAAGUCAGAGUUCUGCGUGUACAGAAUGAGCAGCUGGAGGAGGCUCAGGUCAAAGCCAACAACAGGGUGUCCAACCAUAAACAAGCCACCCAGCUGCUGCAGACAGAGCUGCAGGACAGCCGCGCUCAAAUUGAGGAGAAAGAGAAUGCAAUCCAAACCCUCAGGAGCAAACUGCGAGAGUCUGAGAAAAAUGCAUCACCCAGUGCUGUUGAGCUGGAAAAAGUCCGCACAAAACUCUUCAAAAUGGAGGUGGAGAUGAGUUCAGCAUCUGAUAAACACCAACUAGAGAUUCAGAGGUUGACCACAGUGUUGAAUGAAAAGGAGGAUUCAUUGAGGAAGCUGAGGGAGGCCUUGAGGAGAUCACAACAGCGAGGAGAGGAGUCAUUCCUGCAGGGUGAGGACCUCCAUGCUAAACUGACCAACCCCAGAGGUUUGGUGAUCAAGAGCAGCAUUCUGCUGGAGAAGACCAGACUGGAGGAGGAAGUCAAACGGCUUCAACUGAAAAUAACUGAGCUGGAAAGCUUGACGUCCACUCAGCAGGGAGAGAUCAGCAAAUGGAAGAGCAGAACCGCCAAGCUGAAGAUGAAGAACAAAGCUGACGUGAACAAGCCUUCAUCGCCCUGCACUCCCACCAAGAGCGGCCUUCCAAUGACCUCCGAGUCUCCCAGGAAGCUGCCGGCCUCUCCAAAGGUCUCUCUGCUCAACUCUCCCAAAAGCAGAUUCUUCGAUGUGGGUGGGAGCUCGGAGCUGCUCUCCAGAACCUGUCCCAAGCAGUUCUUCGAUAACUCCAGCCUCGGCACCAUUCCAGAGGUUUCCCAUGUUCCUGAUACAGCAGAUGCAGAGAAGGUUGCAGAUGCAGAUGCAGGUGCAGUUGCAGCCGCGGGUGCGGCCAGAAAGGACGAGUGGUGGCCUCAGUCUCCAAAGCAAGACGAUAUGUGUAGUACCCAGUAAAAUGUACCACAUGUGCAAUAUUUUUAAAUGUUUCUUGCUUUUAUUGUUUUCUAGUGUUU